CAAAUCUAUUAUAGGUACUGUUUUGUGCCGUGCGGUGAUAGUGUAUAACGAGGAAUUACAUUGUGAAUAUUAAAUGUUACAUUUAUAAAAAAGGUUAAAUUUUCUAAUAUUCAUUAAAAAUCAUUAUGAUAGCUAUGUGUAAUUAGUAUGGGUGUUCAAUAGUUUAGUUAUUGACAAUGUAGCUAUGUUAUUGUUAUAUUUAUAAAAAUAUAUUGAGUGUUGAUGAGUGACUUUUAAACAAGGGCACUUGUGAUUAGUUGAUAAUGAUGGAAUCUCCCGGCCCAGCUAGCACACGUCUAGGAGUCCAUGCUGGUGUGGCUAAUCAGGUAGGGCUGGCUAGUCCAGACUUUGGAAUGGCAGUCUCUGUUCCCCAGGCGUUUGAUUUACAAAAUGUAAGUUGUGGUGAUUCUUCGUCUGAUGCACACUCGCCUGAUUUACCGAUUUCCAAAGCAAGCGAUCGGCAAUCUCGUAUUAAUGCUGAAAAACAUCGCAGAAGUCAGUUUAAUUCUCAAAUUGCUCAAAUGAUGUCUUUACUUUCUGAUGUUGUACAUUCACAACGAAAAGUUGAUAAAACUAGUGUUCUACGCCUUGCAGCUAACAAACUUCGAAAUGAACAUGUUUUUGGUGAUACUAUUAAAUGUUGCCAUGUUGAAACAUGGUCUCCAGCUGUAUUAAAGAUUUUUGACCUUAUUGGGGGCUUCAUGUUCGCUGUUACAUGCAAAGGUCGUAUAUUUAUUGUCUCCCCUAAUGUUCAAGAGAAGUUAGGAUAUUGUCAUAUAGAUCUUCUUGGUCAAGACAUAUAUAAUUACAUACACAACGAAGAUAAAGAGAUUCUAAGACAACAUAUUUAUCCUCUAGAAUUACAGACUGGUUGUAAUGCUAAGUUGUUUGAACAGCAUCAUAAUUUCCAUCUCAGAAUAAUGAGAUCAGGAGCAAGAUCCGAUCCUCCAAGGUAUGAACGCUGUAGGAUAGAUGGUAUGCUACGACGUUCUGAUCGAGCCACAGCCAAUGGUGUCCAAGAUGAGCAGACCAUUAGAAGGCAGAGAGUUAGGCACCAUCGUACAUUUUCUUCAAGUGGAAAUGAUUAUGUUUUUAUAGGAAUGGUUCAUGUUUUAUCGAAUAGCUUGCCUGCUAGAAUGUUGCCACCUACUGCAUACUCUGAAUAUUGGACAAGACACUUAAUUGAUGGUCGCAUAGUGCAAUGUGAUCAGAGUAUUUCUUUAGCUGCUGGUUAUAUGACUGAAGAAGUUACUGGGACAUCUGCCUUUGUGUUUAUGCAUAAGGAAGAUGUUCGUUGGGUGAUUUGUGUCUUGAGACAAAUGUAUGACCAAAGUCGAGAGUUUGGAGAAUCAUAUUACAGACUCAUGUCACGUUCAGGUCAUUUUAUUUACAUGAGAACAAGAGGUUUCCUAGAAAUAGACAAAGAUACUAAGAAAGUACAGAGUUUUGUAUGUGUCAACAGCGUUGUUGGAGAGGAAUAUGGUAGAAAAAUGAUGGAGGAAAUGAAAAGAAAAUAUUCUGUGAUGGUGGAUACUGAAAGAUUAGAGAGUGAAAAAGUACUGGCCAUUGAUGAAGCCCCUGUUGAACAUCCAAAGCGUUUAGAACGAAUCGUAAUGCAUUUGGUGGAGCCAGCGGUUAAUGAAAGCGUGGAUGAAUUAAAAUUAAUUGCUCCAUCAAAGGAAAAUAUAAUUUCUGCUAUUAAAAAUAGUGAAAGAGUUGUACAGGAAACUGGUGUCAGGUUUGAUAAUCGCAAAAGAAAAAAUUCAGACAGUGAUGACAACAGUGAACAUUUAAAAAGGCACAGUGGACUCUCUGACCCUUAGGUGUGCUUAUUUUAAGAAUUUUUUUUUACUUAAUAUGUACAAUUCAUAAAUUUUAAAAUACUUUAUUAUCCAUGUAAUAUUUAAAUCUAAUUGACCUAAACAAUUUAGUGUAUGAGAAGGCUUAAGUCAAUUAGAAUCUAUGUGUGUAAGAGUAGGGAAUUAUUUGUAUAAAUAUAGGUAAUGGUGAAAUUGUUUACAACUCAUAUUUUUGGGGAUUGCAGGUUUGUUUCAUCUGCAGGCUUUGAUGUUGGUAUUGGAAAACUAUUUUAUUAUUAAUACUUUUAUUUUAAAUGUAUGUGCCAAAUGCCUGCAGAAGUAAUUUGAAAAUCUUAGAGGUUUGAGAUGCACAGUUGGCAGAAAUUAACAGAUUUACCACAACUCAGUUAUAAAUAUCUUACCUGUUCAUGAUUGAAAAUAUUAUCUUGUAAUAUUUAUAAAAUAUAGACAUAUCACAACUUUUCACUCUUUAUAUUCAUCAAAGGCAAAUUUAUUAUCAGGGUCCUUAAAUAUUUGGCCAAAAUUACUAAUAGCCCAUACUAAAUUACUAAAUUUUCAUGAGUGAAUUUAUCUUUGUCAACAAAUAUAAGGUAUUUAAUACAUUAGUGUGUUUGUUUACUUGGAAAGUAAAGAUCAUUUUGUAGCUCUUCAGUUUAAUUGUAUAUAUUUUGUGAGCCUAAUUAUAGUCACACUGGAAGUCUUUGAUGCAUUUCAAAUUGUUUUUUAUUAGACAUCUCCGUUGUUUAUAAAAGCUACAUUGAUUACUGUAUCAUUAUUAAUUAAAAUGUUUAACGUAGGUAUAUUGACUGAUACCUUUUCUAUUUUUAUAAAAUGUAGAUAAUUUAUAUGGUCAAAUCUACAAAACAAACCAAGCACAGUGUUUGUGCAUGCCAUGUUUAUUAAAUUUUGUAAAAAUAAAUUUUGCUUGUAAGGUAUAUAAUAUUCUUCUAUAAAAAUGACCAUUUAUGAUAAAAAAUAUGUUUUUCUAAUUCGAUCUUUAUAUAUUUUUUUGACUAGAUAAGUCCUAUGCAGGAAGUACAAUGACCUAGACUCAUAAUCUGAAACUUUUUUUUUUUAAUUUCUUGUUUGUAUAUGUUAUUUUCAAAGGAAAAUAAAUACUUAAAUAUUUUUUUCGCGCAAAUGACAUUUUUAAUCAUUGUGAUAUUACUUUUAUUUCAAAAGAAAAAUAAAUCAGGUCAGAAAAAAUAAAAAAAAUUGGCGAAUUUAAAAUGGCAGGGUUUUGUAAAAUGAUUAAGGACAGGCCAAUUCAAUUGACAAUACUUGUUUUGGUAUGGAGCAAGUUGUGCUGUAAGCAGGGUAAAAUUAAGGCUAAGAAGUAUACAUGGACAAUGUAAAUAUUAUUUUAUAAGGUAUUGGAAAAAAAAUAUUUAAGUAACUAAACUGAAAUUACAUCAGGUUGUACUGUUUUUUUAUGUAAUAUUCCAUUAAAGUGUUAUUUUUUGUCCUGGGGUUUCGAGAAGUUUGCUUGCCUAAUUGAUUUAUAUAAUACUUAUUGGAUAAAAAUAUCCAGUUCAGUUGUUCAAUUAUUUCGUUAUAGCGGUCUCUUUUACGUAGAUUUCUUUCCCGAUAAACCUGAAUAUCUGAUAUUACUAACACAGUACAAUAUUUUUUUUAAAUCGAAACUUAUUUUUUAGAUAUUUUAUUGUAAUUUUAUAUACAUAUUUUACUGAAAUGGGCAGGAAGGUUAAUAAAAAUCCAAUUAAGUUCCAAUGGUACAACUUCCGUUAAAAUUAGUACUAACAAUAAUAAAGAAUUAUGUUUAGGAACAUAUUUUCUAAACAUGGAAGAAGUUUUUGUGACAUUAAAUGUACAUUUUUAUUUGAGAAAUAAUUAAGUACACCAAGUAUUAAAGUAACGAAAUAUUUUCGUUAAAUUAAAAAAUAAAUGUGUCGUUAAAUUUAACAUUUUGUUCUCAUUAUUUUAAUGCCCACUUGAUAUAGAUUUAUUCUUCCUCAUAUGCCAUCAAACAUUAUAGUAUUAAAAAAUCUUUGUCUAGUUUUAAAGUUUUGGAACAACUACGAUAACGACAAAGGGACAACGAAGACAGCUGUACCAUAUUCGCUAGAAAAUCAUCAUAAAUAUAAAAACGGAGAUACAUACGCAGUAGUUCUUACGAAUGCAUCAAUUACUAGAGACCUUUAUGUUUGUGAGGUAAACAUAUAAUUUUUUAGUACUGGUAUAAAUUAAAACGAAUGUUAUAAUUCGAAGGCAACUUGCAUUAGAGAUAAUUCUUUCUAUGAUCUGAUUUUUAUGUACAUAGUGUUUGAGAUUGUUUGCUUUUGUCUUUCCUAUGUGCGUUAGAAUGUGAAUUCACAUCGAUUUAUUUUAAAAUGAAUAUUUCGUUAAACGCGUUAAAAUCUUAGAAUAAUUCAUUCAAUGUCGUGGUUAAUAUUUCAAAGAUUGCUACAAUGGGAGACAUUUCACUUUGCAUAUUGGCUGUAUAAGGGGAUAUUUUGUUAAAGUUGGUAUGGGCAUUUUAAGAUUAUUCAUAAUAAAAGUAUACAGUAUUUAAAAUAAAUACAUAGAUGCUAGCUAUGUAUCUUCAUUUGCGCACUUUGUAUGAAUUGUAUAUAAUUACAUAAUUAUAAACAGCUUGUUUACCAACUCCAACGUAUGUUUGUACGGUAUUAUUUCUACAAUGUUUAUGUCAAGUUUAUACUAAAGAAUCUAGAAUGUUUGAAUAAUACUAUGUUUGUAUUGGUGUUUUUAACAUAUAAUAUAAACCUUAUACGCACAUAUAUGUCAAAAUCCACAUUUCUCUAUACUUACAUUAUAUGCGAUAAAAUAUACUUACGUAAAAAUGUUUUGAAUGUUAAUGCCGACCAUAAAUUUAUUGUGCCUAAGUGGUGAGUGAAAGUUAUAUGUCUUGUACAAAAUUAAACAUAGAUGUUAUUGAUGUUUGCAUGUGUCUUAAUGUUGCUGGUUUUUUUGUAAAAAUUUGAUGGAUAAGAUGUUCUUUGCAUUAAUUAUAUUGUUGUACGGGUGUAAGAUAAUGGUUGUGAAAACUUUUCUGAUAUGUCGGUACAACGCAUUCCUUGUUGAUCCCAAUUAAAUAUAGCACAGAAAUGAACUGAGUGAAAUAUACGUAACUGUAUAUAUUCAAUAUAGCUGUGUCACAAUUGCGUUGCAAUUCUACUAAAUAUGAUCAAUGUUGAUGUUUCGCUAAGAAUGACUGAUUGUAUUCUACUUGGUUUAACUUAAUAUUUCUUUUAAAAUUAGCUUUUAUAAAUUGUGAUGUUAUACUUGUUUUUGACCAAAAACGAUACUUUACAAUGAUAUUAUUUUAUGUAUGGAUCGAAUAAAAUAGAUGAAAUUAAA